GUUUCUGGUUGGCUUCUGUCAGUCUGUCAAAAAGCCGUUUGUUCUGUUGAUGGGUGUCGAAUUUCCGUAAAAAAUCCAAAUAUUCUUCUUUUAUUGUGAUUCAUCAAAUUUUUCUCUUACUGAAAAUGGUUUAAGUAUAAAUCUAGACUGAUUACUUCCAAGUGAUUUAAAACUGUGUGUGAUAAAGUUGUAAAUAAAUCCAAAAUGUCCGUUCCAAGCACUGGUCUUAGCAAAUUGAAGAAGAAACACAUUCGUGUAAAACAUCAAAAAGUGAAAUUGUUUCGUGCAAAUGAGCCACUAUUGUCUGUUUUUAUGUGGGGUGUAAAUCACACGAUUAACGAGCUAAGUCAUGUUUCUAUACCCGUCAUGUUGCUGCCAGAUGACUUCAGAGCUUACUCGAAGCUCAAAGUGGACAAUCAUUUAUUUAACAAAGAAAAUAUGCCCUCGCAUUUCAAGGUCAAGGAGUACUGUCCAUUAGUCUUCAGAAACCUGCGCGAGAGGUUUGGCAUUGACGACAUCGACUACAAGGAAUCACUAACAAGGUUUAGAAAGCCUGAUAACUACCUCUACUCGAGAGUACAGAAGAGAUCCAGUCUCCGAAGAUCGGCCACUGCUCCAUCAGGUGUUGCCAACAUGAACCAAGAGAGCAUUUUCCAUGACGCGAGUGAAUUCGUCAAGCGAGGCCUGACGAUUAAGCGGUUGAGAUCUCAGCCGACGCCGGACGAUUCGUCCGGUAAAUCGGGCGCCAAGUUCUACCAAAGUUACGACCGUCUUUUCAUACUGAAAACACUAACUUCCGAGGAGGUGGAGCGAAUGCACUCUUUCCUCAAACAUUACCACCCGUACAUAGUGGAGCGACACGGCAAGACUUUGUUGCCUCAAUAUUUGGGCAUGUACCGGCUGACGGUGGACGGCAUAGAGCAUUAUCUUGUGGCCACUCGGAAUGUGUUUUCGGACCAUCUCAACAUACAUAGGAAGUACGACUUAAAAGGUUCGACCGUGGACCGGGAGGCGUCCGAAAAGGAAUUAGAGAAGGAGCUACCCACUCUGAAAGACAAUGACUUCAUAAAGCAAGGUGUCCGCAUCGAUAUCGGCGAAGCGGCUAAAGACAAACUUUUGGAGACUCUCACCGCUGAUGUUGAGUUCCUGACGAAGCUCCACCUGAUGGACUACUCCCUGCUGCUGGGCGUGCACGAGUGCGGGCGCGGCGAGGCGGAGGCCGAGGCGGCGCGACAGCGCGACGCCGAGCGAGACUCCGACGACGACGACUCCGACACCGACACCGACCACCAGGACAGAUGGGGCUACAACACCCCCCCCGAUAGCCCUCGCACUCUGGCGCGGCAGUCGUCCCUCCGCUACCAGGGGAUCAUCCCCGAGCUGGACAUCUACGCGAUUCCCAGUCAAGACGGCUCCGCCAAGAAGGAGAUAUACUUCGUCGCGCUGAUUGAUGUGCUCACACACUACGGCGUCAAGAAACAGGCGGCGAAAGCAGCCAAGACGGUAAAGUACGGUAGCAACGUGGACGGGAUAUCGACGUGCGACCCGGAACAGUACGGCAAGCGGUUCAUAGAGUUCGUAGCGAAGGCCAUCGAGGGGAAUUAGGCUGUUUACACUCCACGUUUCUCUUAGCGCUCACGAGGGCCCCAGAAAUGGUGAGGAGUUCCAAAUUUAUAUUGGUUGUUUUUCUUUUUAUAUUCGAGCGAUGAUGAUAAUACUGGCCACUUGAAGAAUGUGAGGUUUUAAUGUUUUAUUUUAGAAAUAAGAUUUUUGAAUAUGGAAUGUUUCUGCGAUGUUAUCACGUCAGAGGCACCAGGAUUUGGUGUGAAUUAAACGCUCAUAAAUCAAGGCAUUUUAGUUUUUGCUAGAUUCAUUAAAAAUUCGUUCCGUCGGCGCUAGGUCACAGUUAUACGGAAUUCACAGGGUGUCGUAGAUUUAAGGCCGGCGCACAUAGAUGCGCCGUUGCGUUCCCUAUGUGCUUUUCUUGUGUGGAAUUUUAAACACGCGCACAAGUCGCUAUUCUAUAUAAAAAUGUGACGCGUACGUGCAGUCAAGUCCGUGUGCGCCGACUUUUAAAAUUGAUUAAUUAUAUAUAGUUAAAUUUGAUUGGACCCUCGUAAGGCUAAGAGAAGCUACAUGUUAUUAUUGUGGAAACUUAUUGCCGUAGAUAUUUUAGUCUCGAUUGAUAGUGUCUUGGUAAUCGUUGUGAUCUUGUUAAGUAACGAUUGGCGUGGUGUAGACUGGAAUGGGUGGCUGCUUAUAUAGAAGUUUUACAAUUUCAAAACCUAAGAUCGAAGAGAAGAGAAGAAGAGAAGAGUACGCCAAAUUUAAUUAAAAUAAUCCAAUUUGGCGUACUCUAGUGCUAUUUUGUAUUUUAUUAAAUCUGCUUCAUUUUCUAUUAAUCUCCUCUUCUUAAAUAGCAAAAUGUUGUCAGUGGCGACCCAUCUACUUAUUUCACGCAUUAUUGCUUAAGUUUUAAAUACUGAGAUAUUGGGUUUACUAAAUCUGGAACCUGUGUAGUAAAUAUAUCUUUAAUAUCUAUGGCAAUAUAACAAGACACCGUUAUGAUGGUAAGUGUAAGUCGAUUUUAAAGUGAUGGUGGCGUUGGUACGUGUCCUUUGUGGUCCGGUGAUCAAUUGAUGUUCGUCUAUAUGGCCCUACUCUAUGAUUGUGACCAUUGUGGUACGUAACUGCGGAAUGACGUCGUAGAUUUAAAGUAAAUUGUUAUCAAUGGGGAAAAUUCAAACAAGUGCAUUUUUCUAUUUGACUAAAAUAGUGCACUUCUGUUUAUUUUACUUUUACCAUUUGUUUACUGUAUGUGAAAUGACAAGCUAAAAUGAAUUUUAAGACUAAAGAUUGAAAGCAGAAUUUUGACUUUCAAAGCAGUUGCAUACGAUCGUGGUCAUAACUUGGGAGUAUACGCUGGCGUUUCUAAUUAUCCGCUUCGCGCGCGAAUUUCACAUUCGAAAGAUUAUAUUGCUGUAGUCAACUGCCCUAAAACGAAGAUUUAUCAACGAUAUUUUAUAAAUAGAGACUACAAAAGUACCAUAGAUGUUGUUGAACAUAUUUUAAGUCCACAAGAAUGAUUAGUAGUCUAAUAGAAGCCUCAAAAUAUUUUUGUUAGUUUACCGGAAAGAAAACGUUAAAGUUGAAGACGAGCAAAUGUUGGAAUUUUUGGCAUAUUCCGGUCAGUCGACCAACACACCCUUACAGUAUUCAUCUGGAAAUUAUACAACAUUUUUUCGACAAGUUUUCCCAAAAUCAUGUGUCAAUUAUUUUAGUAUAUCGGGCAGUUGAUGACAAAGCACACAAGGUGGCGUUCCAGACAUUUCUAGCUAGAUUCUUGACAUUGAUAGCAAUUUUAUCUGUAUGCUUUAAGGUGAUGAGAAUUCUAUACGCUAGGGGCAUUUUUUGUAACACGCACACUGUUAAAACAAAUGCCUAGCGUGUUGUCUGAACAAAGUCAAAACAAUAGUGUGUUACGAAUACAUUUGGUUAGACACUUUCCCGGAUAGACAGGGGCGUGGGUUCAAUUCCCGCGCGAAUCCAGAUAUUUUCAUUUAAUUUUUGAGACGUGUUCUCGCUUAUUGUUUGUAUGAAUCUGAAAAAGAUAAAAGCUUAGUUUCUCAACGAAGAAGGCGGCAUCUAGCUAGAUUUUUGUCUGUGUGCGCAAUUAGCGUUCGUUUCACAUUUGAACUGAUGUAAAAUCUUUAAGAGCACACUUUGCAAUAAUUUUCAUAACUCGUUAUUAGCUUUUAUAUAAUGUUCCGCUAUCGUAGAUUAGUGUGGAAAGAAAUUAAGAAAUGUUGAAAUAUCAUUAAAUUAGAAUGUUCACGUGUUAAAUUGGACUAAUGAUGUUAAUCUCAAUGGGAUAUGUACGUACGUGGAAGUUGUAUAAGGCUGUUUUCUGCGGCUCGUUCGCAAUUUGCACGCAUAUCGCCGGAUACGCAAAACGUCAGAUGCGCAAAAUGACAAUUUUUGUAACUAGACAUUUUACGAUAUUUUUUAAAUUUCUAUCCGGGAAAUUAAGUAACAGCCCUUGUAGUAUUUUUGGAACUUUCCAGCGAAUCUGACGUUUUCGACAUUUUGCGUAUUAGGAGUUAUGUAUGUAAAUACUUGUUUCACAUGUAUUUUUAUAUCAGAUAAAUGAAUUCUGAUAGUACAAUAUUAUCCGCGCUGUGAAACAGGUUUUAUAUUGUAUCCAUAUCAAAUGUCUCUUUGAAUAUGAAGAAUUCGUGAAUCGUGAAAAAAAAGUCAAUGUCACAUUUUUUAUUACGAAAAAUUUGAUGUGGAUACGGUUUUGUAUUGACGGUGUAUUGAUAUGUAACAUGCUAACGCUAAAAUAAUGUAUAUUAAUGUAAGUGAAGUCCGCUUGGUUGUCGAGAAAUAGGAUUGGAAGUUGAAAACUUGUAGCCGAUUUGAUUUUGAUUUGAAAUGAGUUCAAAAGUUCAAAGGAGUUUUAAAUUGUUCGCAAAUUCAGUAAUUAAAACAGCGUAAAAGAGGUAUCGCGCAACUAAAAAGUUUUCACUAUUUUGCUUGACACGUCUUUAUUAACAUGUUGCGCAUAAAGCGAAUUAGUGCCGUCAGCUCUCCUCUUGUUAAUUUAAAUUAUGCCAUCAGGAGUGGCGUUAAAGCUCACAUGGCCAAAAUUUUUGAAUGAAAUGAACUCUUGAGAAGAGUAGUGCAGCCAGGCGGACUAAUGGUUGAGUACAGGGCGUUGUUCGGCCCCUAUAAAUAAACUUUGCCAAUAUAACCUAUACCCAUUUUGCUUAGUCUUCUGUCUAGCGUAGAAAAUAGUAUCUAACGGUGUAAGAUUUUGUUAUUUAUUGUUCUACUUCGAAUUAAAGGGGUUUGGUUAAGUAAAUCGAUUACUAGAUGGCGCUACUGCUGAUGUAAAUGGUUAAAUAGUCAUAAUAAUUCGCCUUCUUAAAUUAAAUCAUGACUUUUUUGCAUGUCGAUGGCAAAUCUACACACGCUGUAUUGGAUAUUAAAUGUAUUUUUGCCAGAAUCGAGCCACUAUGACGCCAUCAUCGGAAGCUGCCAUCAAGUUUUAUCAGAGUUUAAAUCAUGUGAAGGACAAAGAUACCUCUCGCUCUAACGUUCUUGCACACUAACGCCAUCUAUUAAUCAGUUGACUAUGCCGAUUCCGUUAAGACUUGGAUUGUUACGGGAGUCUUGUGAUUUAUUCUGCGAAAUUCAUGUAAUUUUGUAUUUUGAUGUUGGGUUUCAUCACUUUUUCAUAUAAAGAAAAUAAUAACUAUCGCAGUUGAAUAAAUGCUAAGAUUUUGAUUGUUUGCUAGCAAAUCAAUUAAUUUUUAAAUACAUAAAUGUAAUUAAAAAAAAAUCUAUUAUGUAUCGGGUGUUUUCUUAAAGGUUAGGAGUAAAUUAAGCUACGAUCAUAUCAGUUCAAUUUACAUAAAUUUUUAUUAAUUUUGAAAACCAAUUUGUAUGUUUUGAUAUUCGAAAGUGAUGAAAUCGCGCUAUUAUUAUAAUUAAGAAAAAUAUUCGCAGUCGUAAUGCGAUUUGAAAAUUUCACAAUUACCUUUGACUGUUUAUCCAAAUAUGUAUAGACAAAAAAUCAGUAUUUUGGGUUCCCUUAAUAUUUUUUAUCAAAGGAUAGAUUUUGUGAUAGAUAUUGUUUACUUUUAGAUGUUAAUUUAACUUUUAGAAUUACUGUGAAAGACUAUUGCUUUGAUUUCAUCGAUUUUACUUUGAUAUAAUUAAUCGUAUCUUGCAUGAGUAAUAAUUGAAAUGUAUAGUCAUUUGCAUAACGCUAACGUGUUACUGGAGCGUUUAGUUGGGGUUGCCAUGUUUUAUUAUUCUGCUAUUAUAAAGGUCAUAACACACUAGCACAUCGCAAGGUGGCCUUCAUAGAAAUUUGAGCAUUAAAGCCUCCUCUGUAGACAUACUUUACAUUGACAACAAAUUAGUGCUGUUAGCUCUCGUCUUGUUAAUGUAAAUUAUGUCUCCAGGAGAAGCCUUAAAGCUCACUUUUCAAUGAACAUCAUUCGCGUGGGAGCUGUGCGGUGCAAGUGCGUUAUGUUUGACCUUAAGUGUGUAGACUGAAUCUAUGAAAUCUAUGCCCCAUCAAAAAAUUUAAAUAAUCUUGACAUGAUUUUAUAAUGAAAUAUCACUUUACAAAUUAAUUUAUAUAUCGCAAACUGUUUUACAGAUUGCAUAUUUAGUACACGUGUUGUAUGAAGAUAGUUAUUUGUAAAGUAUUUCAAUGAAACAUUACUAUUUAAUGGCACAAUUGUUUAUCUAUUUCAACUACCAUUGUGUGCCUAUGUAUCUGCCAAUAAUCUAAUACAUUACCCUAUUUUCUGUUGAUUUAGUACAAAAACGGUUGGUUUCAUAUAGUGUAAUCUAAUUUAAUACUUUAUUUUUUCACUUGGCUUUUAAGACUGACGCUGUUUUACAACUGAAAAAAAAAUUAAUUGACGACCUCGUUGGCGCAGUGGUAAAGUGUUUGCCUCUAAACCGAGAGGUCCCGGGUUCGGUGCCCAGUCGGGAAAUGAUGGAAAAUGAUAUUUUUCUGAUUGGCCCAGGUCUUGGAUGUUUAUCUAUAUAUGUAUUUGUUAUAAAAUAUAAUAACGUUGUGUUAGUAUCCCAUAACACAAGUCUCGACCUUUGGGGCUAGCUCAGUCUGUGUGAUUUAUCCUACCUAAUAUAUUUAUUUGCUGAAGAUCACGUGUAAUAAAACAUGGCGAACUCAUAUAUCUAAAGUGAGUCCUCCCAUAAACCUAGAUUCCUGAACAAUGUGUUAGUCAUGGAAAUGAUUGUCAUAUGUGUUGCCAUUGUUUAGGUCGAUAAUUUUAUUUUUAUUUGUAGUUGUUACAUUAAAUAGGUUUUAUUUCAUUGUUAACGGUGACGGUUGAAGCCACGUGCCGAUUUAGGCAUAUAUUUAUUAUAUAUAUGAUAGCUUGGAUACGAAAUAAGAUAUUCGGCAUGUAAGCAACACGGUUGAAACUUUAAUUCUCUAGUCUCCUAAUCUUGUAAAGACAAAAAUGUGUAAUGAAAAAUUUAAACUUAAUUUUUUGAAAAUAUUCGGUUUAUAAAGUUUCUGCAUUA